UGGCCUUUUGUUCGAAGCUAAGACAACAAACCACCUUUGUGCAACAAGAAAGCAACUUCCAUUCCUCCAGUACCUUCCAGAUUUCGACCAUAUAAAACCCCAACGCCAACAGAAUAAAGAAAUUUGGAAAAAUUCCAAAUCAAAUUUUCAAAGAAGAAGAGAAGACGACACAGAUCAGUGAGAAGCAGAAAUCAUCAAUCAUGGCGACGGAGACUUGUACACAGGCCUACGGCGAGCCCUCGUAUUGGGACAAUCGCUAUUCCAAUGAAUCUGGCCCCUUUGAUUGGUACCAGAAGUAUCACUCCUUGGCUCCAUUGAUCAAUCUCUAUGUCUCUCGCCAUCAUCGCAUCCUCGCCGUCGGUUGCGGCAACUCAGCAUUUAGCGAAGGCAUGGUCGACGAUGGCUAUGUGGAUGUGGUCAAUGUCGAUAUAUCAUCUGUUGUGAUCGAAGCAAUGCAGAAGAAGUAUUGUAAUCGUCCGCAGUUGAAGUAUAUGACAAUGGAUGUUCGUAAUAUGAGUGCAUUUGAAAUAUGUUCUUUCGAUGCCGUUCUUGACAAAGGUACCCUAGACUCUCUAUUGUGUGGAAAUAAUUCACGGGAAAAUGCGACUAGGAUGCUUGAAGAAGUUUGGAGGGUCCUCAAGGAAAAUGGAGUAUAUAUUUUGGUAAAUUCUGUAGUUACAUAUGGAGCUCCCACGUAUAGACUAAGUCUACUGAAACGUUCUUUCUCAUUGAUAAAGCUUCAUGUCACAGAGAAAUAUGUUUCAGAAAAAAGGACUGACCCUCCAAAAUGGGACCUCUUGAAACCUGUUCCACUUGACAACGACACGAGCCUGCUAGAAACCGUGCUUGGGCAGAAUCCUGAUGUGCACUAUAUAUACAUCUGUACGAAGGAUAGUUCUUUGAAGCCAGACCAGAAGCAUGAUGUUGCCGUUGAGUGAGGGGAGAACCUGAUAAAAGGCCAGUGUUUUCCUUUAACUGAAAUGUAGGAGUUUGUUGAAGUUUUUUUCGUUCUCUAACAUGAUAGUAUUUAAAGUUUAACUAUUUCUCACUUCAUUUAAUCAUAAAUUAUCUUUGAUGCCAGCCUUCACAUCCUCGUGACUGUCAUUUGAUUACAUUUGAGAUAGAAUUCAACUCGGUCAUUAUAGCA